UUUAUCCCACGCAAGCUUCAUCCACCACAAACACAACUCUCCUCCCCACAGCCGCCAUUGAUUCUUCUUCCUCUUGUUCUCCCAUUUCUCGACUCUUUUCCGUUACCCAUUUGGUUAUUCCGCCCUCAUGGCUCUCGCUCCUUCCAAAGUUUCCUCCUUUUCAGGGUUAUCUCUCACAACCAGUGGUGGGGAUGUUCCCAAAAACCCAACUUGCUCUUCUUAUUUGAGCUUCGUGAAUAAGAAAUUCGGAAGCAGAAGCCUCAGGGUUUGUUCCGCCUCUACUGCGCCUCUUACUGGGGUCAUUUUUGAACCCUUUGAAGAGGUCAAGAAGGGUGAGCUUGCUAUUCCCACCGCUCCCCAAGUUUCGUUGGCUCGUCAGAACUAUGCUGGUGACUGUGAAUCUGCAAUUAACGAGCAGAUAAAUGUGGAAUACAAUGCUUCCUAUGUGUACCACUCCUUGUUUGCAUACUUUGACAGGGAUAACAUCGCUCUCAAGGGACUUGCCAAGUUCUUCAAGGAAUCUAGCGAAGAAGAAAGAGAGCAUGCUGAAAAGCUUAUGAAAUAUCAGAACACACGUGGUGGAAGAGUUGUACUUCACCCCAUCAAGAAUGUUCCCUCUGAAUUUGAGCACGAGGAAAAGGGGGAUGCAUUGUAUGCAAUGGAAUUGGCUUUGUCGUUGGAGAAGUUGGUGAAUGAGAAACUUCUGAAUGUGCACAGUGUGGCAGACCUCAACAAUGACCCUCAAAUGGCUGACUUCAUCGAAAGUGAGUUUUUGUCUGAACAGGUUGAAGCAAUUAAGAAGAUAUCAGAGUAUGUGGCUCAAUUGAGAAGGGUUGGAAAGGGUCACGGUGUUUGGCACUUUGAUCAAAGACUUCUUCACGAGGGAAAUGCUGCUUGAUCUUGAAUAGUCAAGUCACUAGUCUUUUGUGAAUUUCUGUGUUGUUUUCUAUUUCAGAGUAGUAUUUAAAUGUUUUUCCUUAUGUACUGAGGUUUAGGAACUUGUUGUAACGUAAUUGCUAGUAUCACAUGUAAAAGGCUGCAGGCCUAUUAUGCUAUAACAUUUAGUAUCUGCUUUUCAAGGAUCUCUCUAUGCAAUAUCUGCUUUUAAUCUCU